CUCGGGUCUGCCCUUCCUGCAGCUGGGCCGCCUUGCAGAGCCCGUCAUUGUCGCGUCCUCGCGAUUCGGCUCGACGAAUCGAACUCGGGGCAUCAUGGUGGCGUACUGGCGACAGGCUGGACUCAGCUACAUCCGAUUCUCCCAGAUUUGUGCAAAGGCAGUGAGGGAUGCAUUGAAGACAGAAUUCAAAGCAAAUGCUGAGAAGACUUCUGGCAGCAGCAUAAAAAUUGUGAAAGUGAAAAAGGAAUAAUCAACCCCACUAAAGCACGAAGUGCUACGUUUUCAUGGUGAAGACUAUGGGCAAGUUAUGGCAGAUUGAUAUCAUCUCACUACCUGGGGAAAAAAUAACUAUCUAUAAUUUAAUGAUGCCAAUAAAUUGACACAUGGUUCACUUCC